AUGUCCACCGCCACAGAAGACCAGGUAAAGACAGAGGCCCAGGGAAAGAACGUGCCCGAGGAGGAAGUCAAGGAGGUCGUCGAGAUCGCCAAGAAGGCCCGUAUCGCCCAGCAGGCCGCCGACACGUUCAAGGACCUGGCCACAAAGGCGCUGGACCCGGCCGAGCGUGAAAAGUACCUGCGUGAGGCGCACGCCAAGGAGGUCGAGGCCCACGGCCACAGCAAAAAGGCGCGCUUCCUGGCCAGCGGCUGGGGCCAGGGAGCCAUGGCCGGUGGCGGCAUGGGCGCCGCCCUCGGCGGAGGUCUGGGCACCGUCGUCGGCACGCUCGUCGGCGGCAUCGUCUCCAUACCUACCAGCGCCCUCGGAGCCCUCGGCGGCACCGCGGCGGGGGCCAUCAAGGGCCCCUUUGUCAAGCUGCCUGGCAUGGGCGGCAGCGAUAAGGACAAGGGUGACGCACAAGGGGAGGAAAAGGAGAGCGAAGAAGGGUUUUCGGAGGAGGACGAAGCGGGUCAUCAGGCCGUCCUCAAGGCGGCUGAACAGGCCGAGGAGCUGGAGAAGUCAGAGGGAAAGAAAGAUAAAAGUACGGACUCAUCCAUCUCCCCAGCGAAAACCCAUGGUAUUACCUCUCAACCCACCACAUACCCCAAGUUGAAAGUCCAAAGCUCCGCCAUGGCAAGUGAGGUUCAGUCCCAACGCUCGGUGAAGUUCGGACUGGGCUUAUCCAUUCUGGGGGCUAUGGCCGUCUUUUACACCACACUGCUAGCGCUUCAGCAGUUCAAACAGAGUCGCGCCACAUCUUGA